GUUGAAAGUUGAUAUUACAUCAAGUAGAGAUCAUACCACUUCAACAAUCUUGACUACUUCUCACAUGUCCUCCUCCUCAACACCAGUUAUGUCCUCAAAUGUUCCAUCAACCACCAUAGUUGGCAAAACUUCAUCAGCUACAUCAAUUGCAACAACUUCUGCCUCAGAAACAACCAGAAUGACUGCCCCACCUCCUGAGCCGAAAAUAUCUUUGGUUUUCAAAGUGCAGCAGAAUUUUACAGCAGAGCUUGGAAAUACGUCCUCACCAGAGUUCAAGGCAUUGAAAAACAAAGUGUCCUCAGCGCUGGACCAAGUUUAUUCAGCUCAAUAUGGAACUAGCUUCAACAGAACAGUGAUCAAAGGUUUCAGUCAAGGAUCCGUUGUAGUAGACGCUGAGCUUGUAUUCAAUGAUGUCAGCUCACUACCAAAUACCAGUUCUGUGGCUGAGACUUUGGUGUCUGCUGCUUCCAGCUCUAAUUUCUCCCUCAGCGUCAACACAUCAUCCAUUGUUGUCCAAACUGUGUCAACACCAACUCAAGCCCCAGCUGAAACAACAUUUGCAACAUCUUUAACAUCUCAAGGCACUACAACUAUUGCAACAGCCACUACAACAACGCAAUCAAUUGACACAACUUCAGUGCAUCCAACUACAUCGUUGCAGCCAACGACUUCAACUCCAGAUCACACUUCUUCACAGCCUAUGACAACAGCCCCAGUUACCACAACUGUAACACUUGAAAAUGCAACCAACUACUUCAUUGCAGCAAACAUCAACUCCAGAUCACACUUCUUCACAGCCUAUGACAACAGCCCCAGUUACCACAACUGUGACACUUGA